ACAAAGCUAUCUCCUCGCACGGCUCCAUUUCUCACACUCUCUCUCUCUCUCUCUCUCUCUCUCUCUCUGCAAAUGGCUUCUUCGAGUGCUCUAACAGCUCGGAUUUCCUUCUCUCACAGGCCAAAUGACCGGAAUGCCCCCGCCUUCUCUUCUAUUUCCACCUGUAAUAAACUGAGCAAAAAUACUAGCGUGACAGGUGGACAUAUCUUAGCCUGGCCUUGCAGGAAAAACGCGCACACAAGGAGAUCUCUCCGUGUUUGUAGUUUAUUUGGAGGGAAAAAGGAAAAUAAUGAAAAGAAGGAUGAUUCACCUUCAAAGGCAAGGAUUUUUGGAAAUAUGCAAAAUCUAUAUGAGACCGUUAAGAAGGCCCAAAUGGUUGUCCAAGUUGAAGCAGUGCGUGUACAGAAAGAACUUGCUGAAGCAGAGUUUGAUGGCUAUUGUGAAGGCGAGCUAAUCAAGGUAACACUUUCUGGAAACCAACAACCCCUGCGUACUGAAAUCACUGAGGCUGCAAUGGAGUUGGGACCUGAAAAGCUCUCGCUCUUAGUAACUGAGGCAUACAUGGACGCACACCAGAAGAGUGUUCAGGCCAUGAAGGAGAGGAUGAGCAAUCUCGCCCAGAGCCUGGGAAUGCCGCCAGGCCUCGGUGAGGGACUCAAGUGACAGGUAUUUCAUCAUGCUGGUAAGAGAGAAACAAGCUUCAAUUUUGAAUACUAAGCAAAAGCGGGCCACACACAUCAUGACCGUGCAAUCAUAGUAAUCUUCUCCACCUCUUUCCUUUUGUUUUCUGAUGAUUUAUAACUGCUCUGGUCCAAACAUGGUUUACUUAACAAAAGAGAAGAUUUACAGCCUAUCACCCUCCUUGUCUUUAUUGUUUCUCAAGAAAGCAUGUAGCGAACAUUCGUUUUCUGUUCCUUGAAUGAUCUCUUGAUGAUUCAAUGCCCCCUGCGGACACGUUCUUGUUGGCAAUUCUGUAAUGUUCUUAGUUUCUUUUUCCCAGGGAAAUUUGUGUAAUUAUACUGUUGGGUUUUGAUUUUUUAGUCCUUUUCCCCCCCUGUUUCCUCAAAUGUUGCGGAUUUGCUAUCGAUCUCUACAGGUUUGCCUUA